UUUCCCUACUUCCUCUCCGUGCCUCCGCCUCCGUGCAGCUCAGUCCCUCUCGCAGCGGAUCCCAAGUGAGGGAUUGGAGUCCCUCUCCGGCCUUCGAGUAGAAGCGCUGGGAGCCGCGCGCUCCCCGCGGCGGGAGUUGCCAGAGCCCAGGUUUGCUCUGACGUCCGCUGCUCCCGAGCCGUGAGCGGGGAGGACUCUCGGGUCCCAUCUUCCCGGCCUGUAGUUAGCCACGUUGGAGGCAGCAGCCAGCGCUCCCCAGUCAAGCUGCGCUCUCUCCUCAGCUCCGGUCUGCUCUCUUUGCAGGCGAGGUCCAACCCAGAUUGCUGCUUGCCAUAGACGCCUGGUCCCGGAGUUUGAAUCGGAAGCCGGUUGGAUGUAGACCCCUGAUGGCCGCGGUGCUCGCCAUCUAGCAUCCAUUCCGCCUCCUUGUGAGCCUCGGAACCAGAGUCAGAAAAAUAUAACUGUCAUCUUAUACCAAGAUGUCAGGAAUUGGAAAUAAAAGAGCAGCUGGAGAGCCAGGCACAUCUAUGCCUCCAGAGAAGAAGACAGCUGUUGAAGAUUCAGGGACCACCGUGGAAACAAUUAAGUUAGGAGGUGUCUCUUCAACGGAGGAAUUAGACAUUCGAACACUGCAAUCCAAGAAUCGUAAGCUAGCAGAAAUGCUAGAUCAGCGACAGGCCAUUGAAGAUGAACUUCGGGAACACAUUGAAAAGCUGGAGCGACGCCAGGCCACUGACGAUGCCUCACUGUUGAUUGUGAACCGGUACUGGAGCCAGUUUGAUGAAAACAUCCGUAUCAUCCUUAAACGUUAUGAUCUGGACCAGGGUUUGGGGGACCUACUCACAGAAAGGAAAGCCUUGGUUGUGCCAGAACCAGAACCUGACUCUGAUAGCAAUCAGGAACGCAAAGAUGACCGUGAGAGAGGGGAUGGGCAAGAGCCAGCUUUCUCUUUCCUUGCUACUUUGGCUAGCAGUUCCAGUGAAGAGAUGGAAUCUCAGCUUCAGGAGCGUGUAGAGUCCUCCCGCCGUGCUGUGUCCCAGAUUGUGACUGUCUAUGAUAAAUUGCAAGAAAAAGUGGAUCUCUUAUCCCGGAAACUGAACAGUGGAGACAACCUGACAGUGGAGGACGCAGUGCAGGAGCUGAACUCCUUCCUUGCGCAAGAGAAUGUGAGGCUCCAGGAGCUGACAGACCUCCUUCAGGAGAAGCAUCACACCAUGUCUCAGGAGUUCUGUAAGUUGCAGGGUAAAGUAGAGACAGCUGAGUCACGAGUGUCCGUCUUGGAGUCCAUGAUUGAUGACCUGCAGUGGGAUAUUGACAAAAUUCGAAAAAGAGAACAGCGUCUCAACCGGCAUUUGGCUGAAGUCCUAGAGCGGGUGAAUUCAAAAGGCUAUAAAGUAUAUGGAGCAGGGAGCAGUCUCUAUGGAGGCACAAUCACCAUCAAUGCCCGGAAGUUUGAGGAGAUGAAUGCAGAGCUUGAGGAGAACAAAGAGUUGGCUCAGAACCGACAUUGUGAGCUGGAGAAGCUUCGUCAAGACUUUGAAGAGGUCACUACACAGAAUGAAAAGUUGAAGGUGGAAUUGCGGAGUGCUGUGGAGGAAGUGGUUAAGGAAACCCCAGAGUAUCGCUGCAUGCAGUCACAGUUCUCUGUCCUGUAUAACGAGAGUCUACAGUUGAAAGCCCACUUGGAUGAAGCUCGGACCCUGCUUCAUGGCACCCGGGGUACUCACCAGCGCCAGGUUGAACUCAUUGAGCGAGAUGAGGUUAGUCUGCAUAAGAAGCUGAGAACUGAAGUCAUUCAGCUGGAAGAUACCUUGGCCCAGGUUCGCAAGGAGUAUGAGAUGUUGAGGAUAGAGUUUGAGCAGACCCUUGCUGCCAAUGAACAAGCAGGCCCCAUAAACCGGGAGAUGCGGCAUCUCAUUAGCAGCCUCCAGAAUCAUAACCAUCAGCUGAAGGGUGAGGUCCUAAGGUAUAAACGGAAGCUGAGAGAGGCGCAGUCUGACCUGAACAAGACACGUCUGCGCAGUGGCAGCGCCCUCCUGCAGUCUCAGUCUAGUACUGAGGACCCCAAGGAUGAGCCCACAGAGCUGAAGCAGGAUUCUGAAGACCUAGCCACUCAUUCCUCAGCAUUGAAGGCAUCUCAGGAGGAUGAAGUUAAGUCCAAACGGGAUGAAGAAGAGAGAGAACGAGAAAGGAGGGAGAAAGAAAGAGAGCGAGAACGAGAACAACGAGAAAAGGAAAAGGAGAGAGAACGAGAGAAACAGAAACUGAAAGAGUCAGAAAAGGAGAGAGAUUCUGUUAAGGAUAAAGAGAAAGGGAAACAUGAUGAUGGAAGGAAGAAGGAAGCAGAAAUUAUCAAGCAGCUGAAGAUUGAACUCAAGAAAGCGCAAGAGAGCCAGAAGGAGAUGAAACUACUGCUAGAUAUGUAUCGCUCUGCCCCCAAGGAGCAGAGAGACAAAGUGCAGCUAAUGGCAGCCGAGAAGAAGUCAAAGGCAGAGUUGGAGGAUCUCAGACAAAGACUCAAGGAUCUGGAAGAUAAGGAGAAGAAAGAGAACAAGAAAAUGGCUGAUGAGGAUGCCUUGAGGAAGAUCCGGGCAGUGGAGGAGCAGAUUGAAUACCUGCAGAAGAAGCUGGCCAUGGCCAAACAGGAGGAAGAAGCUCUCCUGUCUGAGAUGGACGUCACAGGACAGGCCUUUGAGGACAUGCAGGAGCAGAACAUCCGUCUGAUGCAGCAGUUGCGGGAGAAGGAUGAUGCAAACUUCAAGCUCAUGUCAGAGCGAAUCAAGUCCAAUCAGAUCCAUAAGUUGCUUAAAGAGGAAAAGGAAGAGUUAGCUGAUCAGGUUUUGACACUGAAGACUCAGGUAGAUGCCCAGUUACAGGUAGUAAGAAAACUGGAAGAGAAGGAGCACCUACUUCAGAGUAACAUUGGCACAGGGGAGAAGGAGCUGGGUCUUAGGACUCAAGCCUUGGAGAUGAAUAAACGCAAGGCAAUGGAGGCAGCCCAGCUUGCAGAUGACCUCAAAGCACAGCUAGAACUGGCUCAGAAGAAGCUCCAUGAUUUCCAGGAUGAAAUUGUGGAGAACAGUGUCACCAAAGAAAAGGACUUGUUCAAUUUCAAGCGAGCACAGGAAGACAUCUCUAGGCUUCGAAGAAAGCUAGAGACCACCAAGAAGCCAGACAAUGUGCCCAAGUGUGAUGAGAUUCUGAUGGAGGAGAUAAAGGACUACAAGGCACGGCUGACCUGCCCUUGCUGUAACAUGCGUAAAAAGGAUGCAGUACUUACCAAGUGUUUUCACGUUUUCUGCUUUGAGUGUGUGAAGACGCGCUAUGACACUCGCCAGCGCAAGUGUCCCAAGUGUAAUGCUGCUUUUGGUGCCAAUGAUUUCCAUCGCAUCUACAUUGGCUGAUUGCAGUCAAGAAAGAGGACUGGCUGGGCAAGCACUUACUCAUUAAUCACCAGGCCUCUACCUCUUCUCUCCUAGACAGCUGGCCCUCUCACUUGCUCCCCAGACCUUGUCCCGGUUCUCUUUGCCAGUAGCUAGAGAACAGAGUGAGGAAGACUGCAAGUCUGGGGGGUUAGAAUGAACUAGAAAUUACUAGUGUUUGUCUUCCCUUCAGCUUUUUUUGUGUCCUUUCGGAUUUUUCAGCAUUUUCUUAUUGGGCCUAGCCUAUAAACUUGGUUUUGCCCAUUCCUCUUGAAGAAGUCAGGUUGAUAGUUUGGACACUGAGAAGGGAGUGUGGGUAGAGGGAACAUAUACUGUUAUGGAGGAGUGAAUUUUUGAUAAGUUAUCUAUGGGCCCAAAAUUCUUGAUUUGGGUAAUAAACCUUUCUAAACUUAGGUUAUAAAAUGGUAUAAUUGUGUUAGUCUCUCCUGGAAGGUUUGAAGCCUUAAUGAAAUUAUAUCCAGGAUAAUUCAUUCUAUUUCUCACUUCUAGGAAACUGACUUUUUGGGUCAGUUGGACUUCUUGCUAAAGUUAUUUAUGUUUUAGGUAUUCAAAUAUUAAUAGUUUUUUUUAAUUUCUUAAGGCCAGAAUAAUUUCAAAUGUGGUAGUCCCUAUGGUAAUUUUUGUUUUGUUUUGGUUUUUUAUAUACAUCUUUUCUGAAAUCAGAAUUAGUACUUAAGAAGUAACAGGAAUGGAUUGUGAAGAGAUCUAGGUAGUCUGGGAAUGAGAUCCAGACAGAUGUUGGUGAAUUAUGAAUUACUGUCACUUCCUCUCCAGAGGGAUCCUUUGUUCUCUGUGUUCCAGAAGAUUCUCAGUAAUGUUUCUGUCGGAUUUUAAUAUUCCAUAUGCUUCAAUUAAAGCAGGAUUCAGGUGG